AUGUUUUUAUGGCACUUAGAUAUCUAUCUUUCUGAUUCUCUUUUUACAAGUGUCUGCAUAUUCCAGGUGCUCUUCUACUCCCACUCCCCACUUAUGUCUCUCUUUCAAAUUGUUUAUAUCUGUCCUUUUUCAACUGUUCAUAACUCUCUCCUUUCCCAUCUGUUCAUGUCUCUCUCUCUCUUCAUCUGUUCAUGUCUCUCUCUCUCUCUUCAUCUGUUCAUGUCUCUCUCUCUCUCUUCAUCUGUUCAUGUCUCUCUCUCUCUCUUCAUCUGUUCAUGUCUCUCUCUCUCUCUUCAUCUGUUCAUGUCUCUCUCUUCAUCUGUUCAUGUCUCUCUUCAUCUGUUCAUGUCUCUCUCUUCAUCUGUUCAUGUCUCUCUCUCUCUCUCUCUUCAUCUGUUCAUGUCUCUCUCUCUCUCUUCAUCUGUUCAUGUCUCUCUCUCUCCAUCUAUUCACGUCUCUCUCUCUCUUCAUCUAUUCACGUCUCUCUCUCUCUCUCUCUUCAUCUAUUCACGUCUCUCUCUCUCUCUUCAUCUAUUCAUGUCUUCAUCUCUUCAUCUGUUCUCUCUCUUCAUCUCCUCUGUUCUCUCUCUCUCCCUCUGUUCGUCUCUCUCUCUCCUCUGUUCACGUCUCUCUCUCUCCAUCAUCUGUUCUCCGUCUCUCUCUCCUCUCUGUUCUGUUCACUCUCUCUCUCCGUCUGUUCGUCUCUCUCUCUCUCCCUCUGUUCACGUGUCUCUCUCUCUCUCUCUCCCUCUGUUCACGUCUCUCUCUCUCUCUUCAUCUGUUCACGUCUCUCUCUCUCUUCAUCUGUUCACGUCUCUCUCUCUCUUCAUCUGUUCACGUCUCUCUCUCUCUUCUUCAUCUGUUCGUCUCUCUCUCUCUCUUCAUCUAUUCACUCUCUUCAUCUCUCUCUUCAUCUAUUCAUGUCUCUCUCUCUCUUCAUCUGUUCACAUCUCUCUCUCCCUCUGUUCACGUCUCUCUCUCCCUCUGUUCACGUCUCUCUCUCCCUCUGUUCACGUCUCUCUCUCUUCAUCUGUUCACUCUCUCUUCAUCUGUUCACGUCUCUCUCUCUCUUCAUCUUUUCAUGUGUCUGUUUGUCUCUCUCUCUCUCUCUUUUUCAUCUUUUCAUGUGUCUGUUUGUCUCUCUCUCUCUUUUCAUCUUUUCAUGUGUCUGUCUGUCUCUCUCUCUCUCUCCCCAUUUGCUCACCUCUCUUUCUCCACCUAUUUAACUGUUUAUUUUUUAAUCUGAUGCUAUUUAUAUCUUUGCUUUCUUUCUCUUUUUUCAUUCUCUUUCUCCAUUUUUUUCUCCUUCUCUUUUUCAUUUUUUCUCCUUCUCUUUUUCAUUUUUUCUCCUUCUCUUUUUCAUUUUUUCUCCUUCUCUUUUUCAUUUUUUCUCCUUCUCUUUUUCAUUUUUUCUCCUUCUCUUUUUCAUUUUUUCUCCUUCUCUUUUUCAUUUUUUCUCCUUCUCUUUUUCAUUUUUUCUCCUUCUCUUUUUCAUUUUUUCUCCUUCUCUUUUUCUUUUCAUUCUCUCUUUUUCAUUUUUCUCUUUUUUCAUUCUCUUUCUUUCCCUUUUCUCUGUAUUAUCUCUCUUUUUUUCUCUUCUCUCUUAUUUUCUCCCUCUUUACUCUAACCUAUUCUCUUUCUUUUUUUCCCUCUCUCUUUUCAACCUUUAUCUCUCUAUUUCUCAAACCAAUCUUUUUGUCUGUCUGCCAUUUUUUUCUCCUUUUUAACUGUCUUUUUCUCUCCUUUUCUCAUCUCUCUUCUGUAGCAUAUCCUUCUUUCUCCUCCCUUUCUCUUAUAGUUUCUCUUAAUCAUUUUUCUUUUUUUUUUAUUCCCUCUCAUCUUCUGAUAUCCUCUUUUCUUUUUAUUCUCUUUCUUCUAAAUGCAAGCCAUCUUUCAACUUGUCCACUUGUUGUGUCCCAAAACCUUUAUACUUUCAUUGACAUUAUUUUUUUCUGUCUUAUUAUUUUUCUUUAUAAUUCUCUUUUCUUUUCUCUUUUGCCCACUUCCUCUUUCUUUCUCUGGAUUCAUUCUUUGUCCAUGUCUACUCCCUUCACUCUCUCUCUCACUGUCUCUCUCUGUCUCUCUCUCUCUCUCAAUACUUCUUCUUUUCCCCUCAUUCUCUUCACUGCUCCCUCUACUAUUACGUCCCAUUUUUUUGUCUUUCUUUUUCCUCCUCCUUCUACAGUUCACAUUUCUUUCAUUCUUUCUCCUUAUCUCAUUCACUCUUUCCUCUUUUUUUUUCUUUUCUCCUCUGUCUCUGUUGCUUUUUUCCAGCCCUCUUUUUGUCUUGCCUUGUUCAUCUCUCUCUCUCUCCUUGGUUUUCCUCUCUUACUCUCACAACUUUUUUCUGUCUUUUACAUCUUUUCUGAUGCUUUCCCUCUCUCUCUCCUUUUUCUGCUUCUUUGCCACUCUGUUAUGUCUUCUCUCUCUUUUUAUUUUCCCUCUCUCUUUUAUGAUUCUUUCCCCCUCUCUCUCUCUCUGUCUCUCUCUCUUUCUGUCU